AAAAGCAUGCUUCGUACUUUUUGCGGUCUACACGUGCGGUUUCUCGCAUGCGUCGUCACGCAAGCGAGAUUUCCCAGCACGUGAAGACGGCCGGUAAGUGUGCAGUGUGCGGUCGCCCUAAACAUUUCCCGUUCGAUGUGCUAGAGAUUUCAGUUUUCUCAAUCAGCGGUGCAUUGAUACAUCGACUAUUUACACAUCGAGUGGAAAAUACAUCCCUAUACCUAGAUCAUAGAUAUCUAUAAUGGCGAAUAAAAAUUUAACUGUGGAAGGACAAAUAGGUAAUAGUGCAGAAAACUUUUUUGAUGAAAUAUGGAGGAGUUGGUGCCGCCUCUGUGGAAAGGCCGAUAUUCAGUCCAUCAAUGUUAUAUCUGGUCAGUGUGGGAAUUCCAUUAAUGAAACCAGCUAUAGCUGCAAUAUAGACACAGUACAGGUUGUAGGGGAAUUCUUCCGAGUUCAAAUUAAAGAGGAUGAUAAACUGCCACAAGUUAUUUGCCAAGGGUGCUGCGGGAGGGUAAACAACCUUAUUGAAUUCAGAGACCGCGUAAAUAAAACCCAACAAAUGUACGAAGAACUGCAGAAGUGUACAGACAAAGAAAACCUAGAUUUGAAUGGAUUACUUUUGAAGUAUGGUGUAUUUAAAGACGAAUCGUUAACUCAAUAUAGAAGUGAGCUUCCGGUUGAAGAAAUUUUCAUUUCCGAUCUAGUAUCGGUAACUUGCAAUGCUGACGCUGCGAACAUUGAUGUAAAAACUGAGAAGGUAUCUAAUGAAAACCAGUCAAAGACCUUAAGAUCAAAACAUGGUAAAAAAACUGAAUCUCAAGAUCCGAUCGGCGACGAGAAUGUAAAAUUCGAACACGAAUCUGGUACAUUGUCUGAAGACGAAGACAGUAGUAGUAGUGAAUUUAGUUUCGGAGGCUUGGAUUCUGCGGAAAGUAGCGAUACUGAAAGCCGUAAGAGAAGUGAAAAAAAGUCGAAGAAAUCCACAAACACCUCUGAAGAUAUCUCUCAGGAAAUUGACCAUUCCUGCAGCAUUUGCUCACAGAGUUUUCAACGGCGGAGUAAUUACUAUACACAUAUGAAAAAAAAACACGGAGUUUUCAUUUGCUCACAAUGCCCGAGUUCUUUCAAAAGUGAAUUUGAUCUGCAGGAACAUAUGAAAGAUCACCAAAAGCUCUAUAAUUGUGAGCAUUGUGACCAAAAAUUCCAAAGAAAGGGUGCAAUGAACAAACACAUCAGAAAUGAACAUGAAAAAAAUAUUAAAAAUUUGUUUAGUUGUCAGCACUGUGACCAAAAAUUCGAAAAAAAGAUUGCAAUGAGCAGACAUAUAAAACAUGAACAUAAACAGGAAAGUCCAUAUGUGUGCGCCGCAUGCGGAGAAGCAGUACUCUCAAAGAAACUAUUGAAACAACAUAUGUUAACCCACACUGACUUCACGCCCUAUGUAUGUAAAGAAUGUGGAAAGGUAUUCAAAGCGAAAAAUAUCCUGAAGAGACACUUGGAAAUACAUGGAGAUAAGCUGAUUUGUAAUGAAUGUGGCAAGCAGUUAAGUUGCCGUGCUACAUUCAAUAAUCAUAUGCUGGUGCAUUCUGAUAAGAUGCCCCACAAAUGUGAUUACUGCGGAAGAACAUUUAAGCGGGCCAAAACUCUUAAAUAUCACCUGAUUGCCCACACAGGCCUAAGACCAUAUUCAUGUGACUUUUGUGGAAAGACAUUUUCAACUGGGUCAAGUUGUCGCUUUCAUAAGAGGACUAUGCACCCGGCGGAGUUAGCUGAACUAGAGGCUUCGGGAGCAAUAGCGUAUACGAAAAACGUACCGGAUUUAAAUACAUUGAAAGCAGUGGUGCGAAAGGGAGAAAAUUUAAUGCCACUUGCAUCCAAACAAAAGGGUUAUACAAACUUAUCAAAUCUAUCAAAUGAAGAGAACUAUUCCUCAACAUCAACGCUAAAUAACAUUAUACAACAAAUAAAACAGGAUUAAAAAAUUAUUGUAGUAGAUAAGAUACAUAUGAAGAACUAAUAUUAUUUUCAAAUUGGCCCCAUUUAACUUGUUAAAUGAAAAAGAAAUUUUUGUAAAACACAAUCGUCCACA